GUCGUAUCUCGUUGAAGAACCAUUCACUCAUCUCUUUACAUCACCAAACUAAACUCUCACGAUACUCCCAUACAACACCACUCACCCUCAAGAUACCCAAACAAAAACACUUACACACACACACACACACAACAAAAUGGCGCCUACCCCCAACAAGAGCUUCGUCUUCAAGCAGGUCCCCAAGGGCCUGCCCGUGCCUGGCCAGGACCUCGUCGUCGAGGACCGCCCCAUCGACCUCGACCAGGACCUCAACGGCGGCAUCCUCAUCAAGGUCCUCUACUCCUCCUUCGACCCCUACAUGCGCGGCCGCAUGCGCCCCGCCGAGGCCGGCAAGUCCUACAUCCCGCCCUUUGAGCAGGGCGCCGUCAUCGCCUCCUCCAUCGUCGCCCGCGUCGAGCGCUCCGACGCGCCCCAGUUCGCCGCCGGCGACCUCGUCACCUCCUUCAUGGGCCCCAACGCCGAGUACGCCGCCAUCCCGGCCAAGUUCCUCCAGGGCUUCUUCAAGGUGCCCAACACCCACAACGUCGACCUCCCCCUCUUCGUCGGCGCCCUCGGCAUGCCCGGCAUGACCGCCUACGAGGGCUUCUACGACAUCGGCAAGCCCAAGAAGGGCGAGACCAUCUUCGUCUCCUCCGCCGCCGGCGCCGUCGGCCAGAUCGUCGGCCAGCUCGCCAAGGCCGAGGGCGUCCGCGUCAUCGGCUCCGUCGGCAGCGACGAGAAGCUCGACUUCAUCCUCAACGAGCUCGGCUUCGACGCCGGCUUCAACUACAAGAAGGAGUCCCCCGUCGACGCCCUCAAGCGCCUGGCCCCCAACGGCAUCGACAUGUACUUUGAGAACGUCGGCGGCGACCACCUCGAGGCCGCCCUUGAGAGCUUCAACCAGCAGGGCCGCAUCAUCGGCUGUGGCAUGAUCUCUGACUACAACACGCCCCGCGAGCAGCAGAAGGGCGUCCGCGGCCUCUUCCACCUCGUCGCCAAGAAGCUCACCUUCCAGGGCUUCCUCGUCGACCUGUCCCCCGCCAAGUACCAGCCCUUCCAGGAGAAGGUCCAGCCCAUGAUCGCCAAGGGCGACCUCAAGGUCAAGGUCCACCUGACCGAGAGCAUCGACCAGGCCGCCGAGGGCUUCGUCGGCAUGCUCACCGGCCAGAACUUUGGCAAGGCCGUCCUGAAGAUUGCCCAGGAGUAAAAAGAAGAAAAAAAGAACAUUGCAUGGCAUGGAUGGGAAAAGCAUAUCUGUACAUUAUAAUGACAAUUGAUGACCAUGAAAGAUCAAAUAUCUAUU